AUGCUGAGGCUUCCCCGUCGAUUUGCCUCCACUCUCCUGAAGGUCGAAAAUCCCUAUACCUUUCAAGUACCUUUUAUCUAGACAGUUGCAGAAAUCCCAUAUACAACUUUAGAAGAGUCCUACGAAUUUAUCAAUAAAUCCAAUGACUUUUUCAAGACAUGGAAGCUCACAUCAUUGGACGAAAGAAUUUCUGUUCUAGAUAAAGCUUUGCUUUAUUUUAAAGAAGUAUGAGCUACUUAGAAUAAGCAAGAAAUCGCCAAAGAAAUCACAACUCAGAUGGGAAAGCCUAUCAGGCAAAGCUUGCAAGAAGUUGACAAUAUGAUCGUCUUUUCUAAUGAAUUAAAAAGUUUAGCAAGAGAUGCUCUAAGUGAUGAAGUUAUUGAAGAUACUGAAAACUCCUAUAAAAAGAUCACCAAGAUUCCUAUUGGGCCUGUGCUGAUUUUGUCUGAUUAUACGUAUCCAUUGAUGUCGAUUGCGUCAGGACUGGUGCCAGCUAUUUUGAGUGGAAAUACUGCUAUACUAAAGCACUCCGUAUAUUCUCCUUUGUGCGGAACCAGGUUCCAUGAAGCUUUUAAACAUGCAGGAGCAGAUUAUUUAGUUAAAGACCUUAUGCUACAAAUUAAUGAAAUUCCUGAAUUUUUUGGAUCACCUAAGCUGUCAUAUGUUCACUUUACAGGAAAAGUAGAGUCUGGAAAAGAGAUUUAUAAGUCUCUUGCUGAAAAAAAUAUGAUUGACAUUGGAUUAUUCUUAUCAGGAGAUAAUAUGAUAUAUAUUUCCGCUGAAGCAGAUUUAGAUAAAUGUGCAGCAGAAAUAGGGAAAAAGGCAAUGGAAAAUGCUGGACAAUCUUGCUUCAAUUUUAAAAAAUUAUUAAUUCAUAGGUCAGUGCAUGAUGAUUUUAUAGAGAGAGCACAAGCUCAAAUAAUGAGUCUAACAAUGGGGGAUCCAAUGGACGAAAUGACAACCUUAGGCCCUAUGGCUGACCCAGAUAAUAUGGAAUUUUUGCAGAAUAUGAUCCAGCAAGCUGUGGCAAACAGCUCAGAGGUAAUAUGUGGAGGCAGCCCUACAAAUGAUGAAACUGGAAAUGGUAGAUUUUAUGAGCCUACAAUUAUUACAGAUCUUGAUGAUCAUGAUAGCCUGUUUAUUGGGGAGUUCAUCGGGCCUGUUUUAGCUAUUUCGCCAGUUGAGUCAGAUGAAGAGGCAUUUGGUCAAGCAUAGGUAGCAACCCUACAUCCCCACCCCCCCAAUAAGGGAACCCCCACCCCCGCCCCCACCCCCACCCCACCCCCACCCCCCCCCACCCCCACCCCCACCCCCACCCCCACCCCCACCCCCACCCCCACCCCCACCCCCACCCCCACCCCCACCCCCACACCCCCACCCCACCCCACCCCCCCCCCCCCCCCCACCCCCCUCAAAAAGAAUAUAUUUUAAAUAUAAUCCCAAUUAAAGCGCUAUAUUGAUAAAUGAAGUCUAUAAAUUGCUUUAAUAAUUGCGAUUAAUUAAUAAACUCAAAUUAAUUAAAAAUUAAUUAGGAAAUAUAUUAAAUUUGUUUUUUAUAUUUAUAAAUACAAUGCCAAAGAUAUUGAUAAUGUCAGUAAUUAUUAAAUGAAUCAAGCACAAUACAAUAACUACAGAGUGCAGCGAAGAUGAAUACAGUGUAGGUAACUUCAAGAUGGAUGUAAUAUGAGCUAAUGCAGGAUAUGCAGAAGAUGGAUAAUUAGCUUAAAUAGUAGGUUUAAAAGUAAUUAAUUCAUAAAAUAAAAUUUUUGCGAAUUCAAGUAUUAAUUAUAUUCAUAUUUUCUUACAUACCAUGCCUAUAUCACAUCUUGAGUUGCCAUUAUUCUUUUUGAUUGUUUUUUAUAGCAUUCCAAAACUUCUUCUCUUCUUCCUAACUAUCUAACUCCCCCCAUUUAAAUUGGAACAAAAAAUUUUGUUCCAAUUUAAAGGGGGGUUAAUUUUUUUUUUUAAAAAAAAUAUCAAUAAAAAAAAAUUAUAUAAAAAUUCAAAAACUUAUCGAAUUAGAUUAAUAAAUUUGUUUAAUAAAUGCUAUUUACUCUUUAUCUUUUAAAACAAAGCAAGAUAUAACUAAAUUUUCAUUAUUAGUUAAUACGCCACUAUUAAUUGGUAUCAAAAUUAUUUACACAAAAAUUAUUAUUUUUAUUGAUAAAAAACAAUUUAAAAACAAAAAAAUUUUAGAAAAUUUAUCGAUCAAAGUGCUAAUUUUGUUUAAAUAAUAUGCUAUUUAUACUCUAUUCUUUAAAAUAAAGCAAGAAAUUAGUAAAAUUUUAAAUUUAUAAUGAAUUCCUAUUGAAUUUAUAUCAAAAACUAUUUAAAUAAAAAAAUAUCAUUUUUAUCAAAAAAGAAUAAAAAUUGUUUUGAAAAAUUUUUAAAAAAACAAUUAAUUUUUUUUUAAAUUUAGCAAUUAAGGAUAAUAAAUUUAUUUAAAUAAGAUGAUCUUUAUACUCUCUUCUUUAAACAAGAACAAGAUAUAACGAAAUUUUUGAUUUUAGUUAAGAAGAAACAUUUAACUUAUAUCAAAACCUUUUACAUAAAAAUUAUUAUAAUUUUUUAUUAUAAAAUUAAAUUUUGUUCCAAUUUAAAGGGGGUUAAUUUACCAAAAAAGUGGAAAUUUUACCUAUAUUUUGUUCCAAUUUAAAGAGGGGGGGAGUAAGAGCAUUUCCUUUAUUAUUAUAAUAAUAAAUAAUAAUAAUAAUCUCCACAGUUUGGAUUUUUUAAUUGCAUCGUUACAAUGUUUUAGUGUUUUUUCAUAACUCUUUUCUUUAUAGAAGAUAACUCCUAUGCUAUUGUAUGCAUCAGCAUAAUUUGGAUCAACUCUGAUAGCUUAUUUAUAGCAUUCCAUAUCUUAUUCUCUACUGCCUAACUUAUAUAGAGCAUCUCUUUCAUUUGAAAAGCAAUGUGCUAAUAAAAAUAGUAUUUGCUAUUGUCAGUUUUACUUUUAGAUCUCUAAAUGUCUCUUUAGCCAUUGUUCCACAAAGUUCAUAAAUAUAUACAGGAUAUACUGCUAAUUAAUACCAAAGAUCAUUAUGCUUGUCAGCAAAUUUCUCUAGAUGUGGGGUUCUUAGUAGUUAUAGGAAAAUUUUCACUACUCCUUAAUCGAUUGCGCUACGCUAUAUGAUAUUGUAUAAAUCAGUAAUUUUUAAUAUCUAAAAUAAUAAUUUAUUUAUUACGCCUGCUCUAAAUUAGCAUUUGUGAUAUAUCUAUACUAUAUUAAGGGGGGGUGGGGGUGUAGGGUUGCUACCUGUGCUUGACCAGGCAUUAAGCAGAUUUAAUAAUGAUCCAUAUUUAUUCGCAUCAGGGAUUUAUUCAAAGGAUAAAAGUAAAGCUAUAGAAUUCAUUAAUAAAAUCAAAGGCCCAAGAGUCCUUAUCAAUGAAUGUAGUAUUAGGCACCCAAGACUGCCUUGGAAUGGAAGCUUAAAAGCAGGUAAAGGAGUUAUGUACUCAUCUCAUGGCUAUAAGCCAUUUUAUCAAUUGAAAUCAUAUUCAUAUACUUUUGGGUAA